GGAGGAGGCCGGCGUCGCUGUCGUGGGCGGGUGGGGGGAGGUGGCGGUUACGGCGAAGAAUGCCAAUAGAAAACGAGGGUGAGAGGGAGAUCGUGGCAGAUCUCGCCGUCGCUGUCUCGCCGCGUCGCUCCUGGAUUGCAGCCAGCCUUGGCCCGCAAUCCAUCCGCGCUCUCCGGCCACCCACCGGGGCAAGCAGGCCACCAGUGUAUAUAUAUAGCCCGGCUUGUCCCUCCCCUCCAUCGAUCGACCCGACCAUCCGGCGAAAGCCAGCGAAGGAGGAGUAGCUAGCUCAAGUUGCACGCUAGCUAGCUCCUGGCUUCCAUCGGAGACUGAAGGCCAGCUCGAGUCUAGCUGCUGCGAGGUAGCAGCCGCGCCCGCGCGCAGGAGAGGAGGGCGGGCCAGCUAGGGAGUAAGGGUUCGCUUGCUUCGAGGUGUUUGUCGGAGAAGAAGACAGGGAGGCAGGCAGGGAAAGGUUUGCCCUGCCCCUGCCCUGCAGCAAAAGCAGCGCUUGGCUGAACUCCGCACGCGCGUACGUAGGCGUGGUGAAGCACUGUACCUAUAUUAUUUUCAUCAGUGGAAGAAGAUGAAUGCUUUCUCCCAUGUCCCCCCUGGUUUCCGUUUCCACCCCACUGAUGAGGAGCUGGUGGAUUACUACCUGAGGAAGAAGGUGCAAUUGAAGAGGAUUGGCUUAGACAUUAUAAAAGACGUUGAUUUGUACAAAAUCGAACCUUGGGAUCUACAAGAACGAUGCAAGAUCGGAACGGAAGACCAGAACGACUGGUUCUUCUUCAGCCACAAGGACAAGAAGUAUCCCACCGGCACUCGCACUAACAGAGCAACUACUGCUGGUUUCUGGAAGGCUACCGGCCGGGACAAGCCGAUCUACGUGAAGCACUGCCUCGUGGGGAUGAGGAAGACGCUGGUUUUCUACAAGGGCCGGGCUCCCAAUGGGCAGAAGUUGGAUUGGAUCAUGCACGAGUAUCGCCUGGAGACCAACGAAAAUGGAGCUCCCCACGACGAAGGAUGGGUGGUCUGCAAGGUGUUCAAGAAGCGAGUUGCGACGGUGCAGAGAAUGGCCACCGCCGACUCGCCCUUCUGGUUCAAUCACGACCAUGCGGCGUUCAUGGCGCCUCACGUCGACUCGCAGAGGCAGGCAGUGCACCACCUCCAGAACGCGGCGUACCAUCAUGGACACCACCAGAGCUACCACCACCCGUGCAAGGUAGAGCUGGAGUACCAUCAGCUCCUUCCUCAGGAGCCGGCAAGCUUCAUGCAGCUCCCGCAGCUAGGGAUGCCCGGGCUUCCGGACCUGAUCGGCGCCGUAGCUGCCAGUCUCCAGCCGUGCAACCAGACACACGACGGCCAAACUUCUCGGCAGCCUGAGAUCGAGCCGGUUUAUGUGACGGACGCAUCCGCCGGAGAGUGGAGGGAUCUUGACAAAUUCAUGGCGUCCCAACUCAGCCACGACGGCUCAACUCCGAAGGAGUCCAGCGGCUACGCCAAUCCCGCGCUGUCGUUUCAGUCUGAGGGGAAGCACGAAGAGGCCUUGGAUUACGUGUCGGCAUCUGCCUCCAGCGGAGGGGACAAUGGUUUGUGGAAAUAACGUACGGCAUAUACAAACACAGAUACGAAAAGAUACACACUAACGCACAUCACUGUAUAAAGCUUAAAAAUAUUGUGGUGUGAGAUGAUUAAUGUACGUAAACAUAGCUAGCCGUGCUAUUGAUUAAGCUCUCUAUAUAUGUAUACUAAUAAAGUAUAGCCAAAUUGGUUGUACUUACAUGCACAAUUUGGAGGGUGUAAUGCCUAGGCGAUUGUAACAGCAUUAGCUGCUCAUGCUGUAUAGUACUCCCAAAAUGGCUACUAUAUGGUCGGUGCCAUGCAUAGCUAGUGGUUAUACGCUUUCCAAUUCAAGUGAUGUCGUAUAAUUUUGUGAGUAAUUUCCUGAUGCUAGACACUGCAGUGUAUCGAUAUUCUUUACAGUU